AUGGCUCCAACUAGCGUGAACCACACAGCCACGCAAGGUUCGAUGGGGCCUGGAUUGUCCAGAUCCAGAACCAACGAUGCCGUUGGAACUGCCGAUGCACGCACGCCCGGACUCAAGAGAAAACCGUCCGACCCAAUGCUUACCCCUAGUAAAAAUGCCGCCGCCCGUCAGAAGAUCACCCGGGCCUGUGACUCGUGCAAAGUAAAAAAAACAAGAUGCACGGGCACGCUGCCGUGUAUGAGGUGUACGCGCCUCUCGCUUCCUUGCGAAUAUAAUGCUGCUUACUCGAGAGGCUUGCCUCCAGAUCCCCUGCCUGGGUCACCUUCUUCGGGAGACUCGGUGCGCCGCGUGUCCCAUGCUGGCCGUUCUCACUCGAGAGGGAGAGCGGGGAUUCCGAAUUCGAAUCCGAAUGCAAGCCUGCAUUCGAGCCUACCUGGUGGGAGGGAGUCAUUGAGUAGUAAUCAUCGGCAUACUGCAGGACUGGAGCGCCAAGUGCUGGCUUCACGGAACUCGCCUGAGCCGGGUUCGACGGAUUUCGAAGGCAACUAUCUUGGACCUGCGUCUGGAAUCUCGUUUCUUAAUCGGGUUUGGAGUCGCUUGCAUCAUGAUGAACAUAAUCGGAUCCCGGAUGAGCUACAGAAUGAAUCCUCAAGGAAUACGGGGGUGUUUAUGUUUGGGGAUAAGCCGUAUACUUAUCCUGAGAACUCGGACUUUGCCCUGCCGCCCAUUGAGAGGGUAAUGGACCUGGUGGCUAUCUACUUUGAUUUCUCCAUGGUCACUUAUCGGUUUUUACAUCGUUGGAACGUAGAAGAGUGGGUCAAACAGAUCUAUGAGAGUAAUAUCUCUGUAUCGAAGCUUCCUGUUGGGGAUAUGGUCGCCCGAACGGCGAUUGUGCUUAUGAUAUGUGCCGUGGGCACGCUUCACCAGGAUCCUGAAACGGAGGCUGUGGCAAAUGCGCAUAGUAAAAGUGAGCAUUGGUUUACGGCUUCCAAGUAUCUGUCUUCUUUGGAAUCGGGUCCUCCGCGGCUGGAGACCAUCCAAGUACGACUUAUACAAUGCCUCUAUCUCCUGUCAUCCUCGCGGGCUAAUGAAUGCUGGUACUCGUUUGGGACUGCAUUGCAGGUUGUGACGGCCCUUGGACUACAUCGAAAAUGGCCUGCUAAGACAUCCAAGAAUGGAUGCUCGUCUCUCGAGUUAGAACUUCGGAAACGCAUAUUCUGGAGUGUAUACACUUUGGAUAAAUAUCUCAGCAUCAUGUUUGGCCGGCCUCGCCUGCUUCAUGAUGAAGACACUGACCAGGAAUUACCGGGUGAGAUCAAUGACGAGGAUUUGCUGGAGGAAGAUCCAAUGCGGCGAUCAGGCGCCACAGAUAGCAUGAUGAUCGCAUCUGUCCUCCAUUACCGACUCGGCCGCAUCUUAGGAGAAAUCUCACGUCAACUUUACAGCAUCAAUCCCCUUUCUCGUGACUCCCCACUGGACACUGCCGUUCGCCUCACAACAGAAUUAGAAAGAUGGAAAGAAAGCGUCCCGCCCCUCUUCAACAGCGUCCAGCCUACUAGUCUCAUCCCGCCACUAUGUCGACAAAGCCAAGUCCUCCAACUAGCUUACUCCCACGCCAUGAUCCAUGUCACCCGCUCAUUCCUACUGAGCGACUUCACAGACCUAAGCCGCCGACCCCGCGACUCCCACGCAAUGGUCAGCAUCUAUGUCCAAAAAUGCAUCCAAGCAGCCGAAGACACCAUGACUCUAAUAGACAGCCUCGUCCAACGAAGCGUCUUCAUCCAAUCGCUCUGGUUCACCCACUACGUAGGCUUCUGCGCCAUCCUAGUCGUCUACAUUUAUAUCAUCCAGCAACACCGCCACUCGACCGACCCCAGCCCAUCCGCCGGAAGUCCUACAGAUAUGGACAAAAUGCAGUACUUACUAGCGUUGGCAGAGACAUGUCAGCAACAUCUUGCCGAAGCGACGCGGAAGAACUGCCCCAGUCGACGAUAUAGUAUUAUUCUCGAAGAACUGAGACGGGAGGUUCAUCGACAGAUGGGUGAGGACGAUCAAUCUAGUAGUAUUGCUCCUACGCUUGUUGUGUUGAAUCCACAUCCCCAGGUUUUGGGUACUGCGGAUGGGGUUGAUCACCCUGUGCAAUUUGAUGCGAGGAGUCUUGAAUUUGCGAGUAUGCCGGCUAUGUUGCAGCCUCCUGAGCUUGGAAUUAAUCCUGUUGAGGAUGCGGGACUUCUUGAAAAUCUUGAGGGAUCGAUCUGGUGGGCUCAGCUUGAUUCAUGGGCUCUAUCUAAUUUCCCUAAUGAUCCUUCCGGACUCAACUUUUGA